UUCGAUCCUCUGAGCACCACCGGAGAGGAACCGGCCUGGGCUCCGACGGAAGGAGCCUAGCCCUAGCGGGAUUGAUCGCCCAAGAACGCGGCCUGCGGCAGAUCUGAGCAACAGCGAAGCCAUCCUUGUGAACUCUUCUUCUUCCUUUACGGUGAAGGAGAUCCGGGCGCGCGCUAGCUAGCUUCUCCGAAUUAGAGCACGCACCGGGCGCUAGCUAGCUUCUCCAAAUCACGGGCCGAUUCGUGUCCUGUCUCCGAGUCCAACUACGAGUCUACGACCCUGAUCCAACCCCUCUGUAUCUCUGUAUUACAAAGCGAGCUCAGCAGCCGGCUCAUGGAGGUCGAGGCAACGACCGAUCUGCAUGAACCCAACCGCCGGUAUGUUCCCCAUGUUUCCGCCGCCGCCGAUGCCUUUCUACCAGACGUCCCCAAUGCAGCCGCCGCCGUUCUACUUCCAUGCAGCAGUUCCCGUGCCGUCGUCCGCGGUGCCGGUGCGCUCUGUGUGGGCGUGGAACUUCAGGGAGGAAUCUGACAAGCUCUGCCACCUGGCCUGGAACGCCCGGUACGUCGCCGUCGACGUGCACUACCCGGGCCUCGUCCACCACGCGGACCGGAACCACAACAUCCUCACCGUGGAGGAGCGCUACGCCGUCGUGAAGGCCAACGUGGACGCGCUGAAGCCGCUCCAGGUCGGCAUCGCGCUCCGCGACGGCCACGGCCGGCACCUCGGCGCGUGGGAGUUCAACCUCCGCGACUUCUGCCCCGUGUCCGACCCGCACGACGAGGGCUCCCUCGCGUACCUCACCGGCCGCGGCCUCGAUGUGGACAGGCUCCGUGUCCGCGGCCUCAGCGCCAAGAUGCUCAGGGAGAAGCUGCUGCGUUCCGGCCUGUUCGACCCUCGGUGUGCCGCGCGAUCGUGGAUCACCUACGCCGGGGCGUACCACAUUGCGUACCUCCUCAAGAUUGUCACCGGCGGCGCCCCGCUGCCGAAGGACAUGGCCGGGUUCGUCGGCGCCGUUCGGCGUUACCUCGGCGACCAGGUCUACGACGUCGCGAGGAUGGCGGCCGACUGCCCGGCCAUGCCGCUGGGGCUGGAGCGCAUGGCUGAUCACCUCGGCUUCCAUCCGCCGUUGGGGAGCCCUCGCCUCGCGGCUGCCGCCGGCGUGCACGCGCUGCAGGUCUUCAUGCGGCUCAAGUACAGUGAGUUGGGCGGCGACGUGGAGAGACACCGAGGCCUGCUUCAUGGCCUGCACCAGCACUACGUCGUCGACAAUCUAAAUUCCUGCAGCGUUGGACUGAAACAGUACUUCUGAUCGAGUCUUUGAAACAAGGAUUGGUCCCUCAAAAAAAGGAAUAAAGAUUGUUCCCUCAAAAAAAAAGGAAAAAAAAGAGAGAGGAUUGGUCCGUCAAAAAAAAAAGAUUGCUAAUUUGGUACUGCCCAUGUAAUCAUAUAUAUUGAUAAUAAUAGGUUAUACUCCCUCCAUUCAAAUUUAAAAAAUAAGUGUCGUGCUUUUAGACUAAAACCCCGCCACUUACUUUUGAACGAAGAGAGUAUAUAUAA